UGUGGUAGCCUUGUUUCUGAAUUAAUUUUGCAAUUGUUCUGACCUUUCAUAUUUUUCCGAGUCAACAACAUCAGCUAAGAGAUGAACUUCGGAAGGAGGCUUUGCAGCUUACGAGGGAAAAUUUGGAGAAAGAACCACAAAUAAUGGAACUGCGUAAUCAGUGCAAAAUCAUUCGGACAACUGAAUUGGCUGCUGCUCAAGAGAAGCUAAGCGAGAUAGAGAGGGAAAAAGAAGAGACCCUGAAAUAUUACGCUCCAACAUCCCUGCUUCAUAGGCUUCAAGAGGCAAUGAACAAGACAGAUGAUGAAUCUGAGGCCCUGCACAGGCAGCUUCUGGAUAAGGAGAUUGAUGUAGGAGCUUUUGUGCAGAAGUACAAGAAGCUUCGUAACACUUACCACAGGCGUGCUUUAACCCAUCUCGCGGCCAAGACAUCAGUAACUGGAUGAGCACGGAGCGAUAGUCUUGUCAUUUUAGUCUGUCAAUCAUCAAGCUGGUUUGGCUGUAUUUUGGGCACUUUUUACUGCCUCGCGUCCUCUCUCUCUCUCUCUCUCUCUCUCUCGCUCUCUCUCUCACACAAGCACGCACACACACUUUUUCCCUUGGGCACUGUGAUGAGAUAAUUUCACGAACAGCGGCAAUUAAUUAAUUCAACAGUAAAAUGUAGUCUGAAGGGCAUAUUCUUAGCUUAGAUGUAAAACCAAAAUCCAGAGACCAUAGGCCAAUUAUUCUUUCAAGAUCUCGUCUGUGUAAAACUCUAACAAUGAUGGCUUUUCUUUUUUGAUUGUUAUAUAUAUGAUAUUGGGUUGAAUUGUUACUU